CGGUUGAUGGUCAGUUAACCUCCGCCGUGCGUCUUGACAGCACUUGGUUUACGUGUGUUUGUGUGUGUGUGUGUGUGGAGUUUGUUGGAUUCACCAAGACCUUGAGCCAGGAUGAAGGCGUGGAGGGGCUUGAUACUCCUGCUGGCGGCGGUGGCGACGGUCAUGGUGUCGUCAGAGCACCUGGAGGAGGCGGAGGAGGAGGAGGGAGAGUUGCUGGGGAUCAAGACGAAACGUCAGAUUUACUACUCAGCACUCGACUACGACCAGUCCUAUGAAACUUUGAGAGAGUCUUCACUCGAGCCUGAGGCACGUCCUACGGGUCACCUCCCCAUCGCCCCGCACUACCCUUCCGACCCACACCAGGCUCCAAUUUAUGAACCCACAGCACCUGUCUAUGAACCCCCAGCACCUUAUUACAGGCCUGAACCUAAUUACAGGCCUGAGCCUACUUACAGGCCUGAGCCUACUUACAGGCCUGAACCUACUUACAGGCCCGAGCCUACUUACAAGCCUGAACCUACUUACAGGCCUGAGCCUACUUACAGGCCUGAACCUACUUACAGGCCUGAACCUACUUACAGGCCUGUAAGGCCACCGCCUCCUUCAUACCAAGAACCUGCCUAUAAGCCCCAGCCUAAGCCAUCAUACAGACCUAAGCCAGUGUACCAGGAACCUUCCUACCAGGAGCCAUACCAAAAUGAGAACCCCAUCCCUGGCGAAGCUGGUGUUGAUUAUCCCAUCUACCACGAGAUCCCAUACACAAAGUUCACGUGUGAUGCUGUCCCUUACCGCCCAGGCAUGUACGCAAACCCUGAGGCUGGCUGCCAGCUGUACCAUGUGUGCCAUGACAACCGGUAUGGAGCCAGGGGUGCUGAGUUCCUCUGCACUAACGGCACACUUUUCAACCAGGAAACUUUCAACUGUGACUGGUGGUACAAUGUCGACUGCUCUAAGGCCACCUCCUUUUAUGACCUGAACACUGACCCUGAGCACAAUCCCUACUAUCAGAAGCCUUAUGAAGGGCCCCUUCACAUCCCAGCUGAUAACUAUGCUGUUGAUCCUUACCAUCCUGCACCUCAGCCUCAACCCACAUACAAUGCUCCAACCCGCAGGCGAUCGAAAAGAAGCCAGUAAUGACACUAGGAAUCUGACACCUAUCUAUUACACUACUUAAAUAAUGUGUAAUAGAGCUAUCAUAUCUGUAAAUGAGUUAGGGUUACAUGUGCUUAUUUGUAUCGGUGUAUUUAUUUGUAUACAGUAAUCUGGAAUACAAUAUCAUAUAUGA